AUGAAGGAGUAUGGAACAAGAGCUAUGGAAGUGACAGAUGGCACGCCAAAAGUACUCUUCAGCUACAUCAACAGCAGACUGAAGAACAAGGAGACGGUCUCAGGGUUGAAAGGAGAAAGCAAUGAGUACGUUACUGAAAAUGACGAUAAGGCAGGACACGUGAGACGGUUUCUCGCAUCUGUUUCUACCGAUAAGACGAACUUUGACCAGACUGAAUUGCCUAAUCGAACAGACAAUACAAUAAUUAAAAGCGUUGACUUCAUAGAAAAAGGUGUGAAGAAAAGCACUCUUGUGCUUAUGGAGCGUAAGUCUACGGGUCCGAACCACGUGCCCGUAAAGUUCCUGAAGGAGCAGUCUUGCAAACUCGCCAGACCGCUUUCACAUAUUUCCCAGUCGUCCUUUGACCGAGGCAUUCUCCUCUCUGAUUGA